AUGCCACAAUGGCCAAAAGCAUCUGCACAGAGAAAGCAGUACUCCAUGUAUGUUUGGACAACAUCCUUUGAUGUCACAAUCUCUGGAUGCGAUGAGGAGGAAUUUCUGAGGUGGGAUAAAGACACAAGUUCUUGUUUUACACAUAGUUGGGACACACCCACCCGAAAACAAUGGCUUUGGGACACCUGUAACAGAUCAGGGCGGGAAGUCAGCUCCAUCUAUAUGUCAGGAUUUAAGGAUAUCCUUGAGAGAGCUUAUAUUGAGGGUAAUUGUGGGGACACUGCUCUUCAGGCUGUUAGAGAUGUACUUCAGCAAGGUCACACUAAUGUACAGGGCCUAGAGAUAUAUGCACUGUUCUCUGCAAGUAACAUUGAUGUAUCUGAGAGACACUUUGUACCAUAUGUAGUCUGGUACAAUGACAACUGUGCACAAAACCAGUCUGAAAAGUUUGAUGGUGUAGCAGUAAACAAUGAGGCCUUCGCAAGCAUCAAAUGUGAGGAUGAAGAAACAGUUGUUUAUCUGUCACGUUUAAAUGAGAUCGCUGAGGCGGCAAAACUCCAGCAAUCUGGCAUCCUGAAGGUUCACUACUCUAUUGGAUGGCAUUGGGGUCGGAAUUGUGAUGAUACAACACAAGAUAACUCAGUCCUGUGGAAUGGAAUUUUUCAGAAGGUUACACGUCAUAUGAUUGAUAUCUUUGAUAGUGUUGAUGCACAGGUGGCAUUUGUCACAUCAACUGAGAUAGCAAAUCGUGCAGAGAUAGCGGACUAUGAAUAUGCACUCCAACAUGGCAAACCCUUCUACCUGACUGUUUAUACAAAUAAGGUAUCUGCAUGCACGACAAGCUUCUUCCCAUCUCCUUGUAACUGGGGUGAUAAGACAGAGGCCAACAUGCUUGCUGUGUUUGAUGAACUAGAGAGCCCUCUUUUGGGGGUCUCACAAGCUAUUCCAUGCAUUCACUACUUCAGGGGCAUCUACUCCUCAGGGGGGAAUCCAGACUGGCCCCUACACACAAAUGCUGUAAUUCCUGGUGCUAGAAAUAACAGAUAUUAAUGACUUGAUGUUAUAGUCAAUAGUUCUAAAUAAAACAGAGAACCCAAGACUCCUGAAAGCACUUUUUGUAUUGGAUAUAUUUUUGCAAGCAUAUUGUGUGCACAGAAACUAUGUAUCCUUCACAAUAUUAGCUCUGGAUUUGUGAAAUUAGAUAUCUACAAUCUCCAAUUACCUUAUUAAGCUAUGGAAUAUUAAAACAUUGUUGUCAUGGCAGCUAUAGACAACCUGGAUUUUACUGUUUUUGAAAACUUUGAAUCAGCAACUAAGACUAGUAUAAGCCAUUUUAUACUUUGCAUGCAUAGUGCAAAUAUUUUUGGAUGGAUAUAUUUUUUUCUAUGAUUGGUAAAAUUUUGUUGCUAGUUUCUAGGCUUACGGUAUGCAUCAUUUGCAUCAGUUUUUUCCUUUACAUAAAAACUCACAAUUAACUGUGAAAUAUGAUUUGUUGAAUAAAC